AUGUUAUUCACUUUAUCCAUUCUUUUCCCAUUAUUGUUUAAUUCAAUUUUUGCUAUUGAAAUUACUCAAAAUAGAGUUGAUCAAGGUACCAUCAAUACCAAAAUUGGUGAUAUCACCAUUGAUUCUGGUGCUUAUUGGUCAAUCAUUGAUAAUUCAAUUUCAUCUUUUAUUGGUGAUUUAAAUAUUAAAACUAAUGCUGGAUUAUAUAUUUCUCUGACAAUUCUGGAUUUACCACUUUUAGUUCUAUUAAAUUCUGGAUCAGCUUCAAUUACAAAUAAUGGAAUUAUUUCAUUAGAUUCUCGCAGUUCAACUCAAGGUUCUUCACAAUAUAAUUUGGUUGGUGAAUCAUUUUUAAAUAAUGGAGAAUUUUAUCUUGCUGCUUCAGGUGUUAUUCCAAUGACUAUGGGAAUUACUGGUAAAAGUUGGAAUAAUAAUGGAUUAAUUGUUGCUUAUCAAAAUCAAAGAAAAUCUGGUUCAGUUAGAUUUGGUGUCAUUGGUCAAACUAUUAUUAAUAAAGGUCAAAUUUGUUUAAUUAAUCAAGUUUUACAACAAACUAGUAAAAUUGAUGGAUCUGGUUGUAUUACCACUAAAGAGAAUUCUAGUAUUUAUAUUUCAAAUGUUCUUGAUCCUCAAUCAGUUUCUAGUGAACAAAAUUAUUAUUUGGCUGAUGAUAAAUCUUCAAUUAUUGUUGAAGCAGUAGGAUUUAAUUCUCAAAAUUUUAAUGUAUUUGGUUUUGGUAAUGGUAAUAAAAUUGGUUUAACUUUAUCAUUAAAAUUUGGUGCUGGUAGUGGUAAUUCAGGUCUGGCUUAUAGUUAUGAUUCCAAUACUGGUAUUUUAUCAUUAACAAGUGGAUUAUUUGGACAAAAAUUUAAUAUUGGUCCAGGUUAUAAUUCUAGUUUGUUUAGUAUUGUCACUGAUGAUAGUGAUGGGAUUCCUUCAGUUGAUAAUGGUGCUGUUACUUAUUCUGGUCCUGUUCCUAAUCAAAAAUCAUUACCUUCAGCUUGUAAUGUUGAAUGUAAACAAAUCCCUGAUGUUCCAGAUAAUGGUCCUUCUUCUUCUUCUUCUUCUAGUAGUGGUGUCAUCACUACUACUACUUCUACUAGUACUGAUACUACUAUUGAUACCGCUUCUGUUUCAUCAACCAGUAAUGAAGAAUCCUCGGCUUCUGAAUCACCAAAUAAUUCUGCAUCAAAUGAAUUGUCUACAACUUUUGAAGUUUCUCAAACCAUUGGUACUAGUGAACCAAGUGCUUCUGAAUCAAGUGAAAUUGAUAUUUCUGGUACUACUGAUCCUGAUACUGCUACCUCUAGCGGUAAUGAUAAUUCAAAUUCAUUAUCUACUUUCAGUUCAAACACUAACAGUGACACCAUAUCUUCAGAAACAGGUUCAGUUUCAUCUUACUCAACCCCAUCGUCUGGUGAUUCAUCUGAAGUAUCCUCAUUGGCAACUGGAACUUUGCCAGAUACCAUUACAGGCUCCCAAGAAAGCUCCACCUCAGGUUUUACAUCUGGUGUUAUUGAAUCAUCGGGAGUUAGUGAUAAUUCAAAUAGUGUUGCCACUACUGCUACUACACCAAAUUCAGUUGAUGUUAAUACUCAAUCUAAUACUGACAAUACCGUCACUUCUGCCAUUACUACUGAUACCGGUGUUAAUACCCCUAUAACUACUGGUACUGGUUCUGGUUCUGAUAACAAUGGUGUUCUUCCAACUGAUUCUAAUGUCAAUUCUAACGAAACUGAUAAUAUUUCCACUUUGACUACUUCAAGUACUACUUUAAUUUCUGUAGUAUCAUCAUCACAACCUAUUGCUGAAGAAUCAACAUUGCCUUCUUCUUUUGCUUCUGGUAUUCCGGGAGAAGUGAUUCCAAAUGCCAAUGGAUCUUCUAAAUUAUCAAUUAAUUUGUCAUUUAUUAUAAGCGGAUGCGCUAUAAUUUUGGGAUUAUUCAUGUAA